AGGAGUCGAAGAGUCGACUCUUCUGGAAUCGACUCCCCAUCAAUCGUUCAGCCGAGAGAGGAGGUGCUGAGGGGUGAGGGUGGAAGCUCUGUAGCAUGCAGAACAUGCUGACGUUCAUUUCUAACGUGCUGAGAGGUGGUGCCAGCAAAAAUGGCGCCAGACUGGUGGGCUCAACUCGUUCUUUUGCAGACUUCAGUCCUCAGGCCAGUUUUGACAUCAAGAAAUGUGAACUGCACCGGCUGGACCAAGGCCCACCCACACAGGCUUUGCUGACGAGGGAGCAGGGGCUAAAGUACUACCGCACCAUGCAGACCAUGAGACGCAUGGAGCUGAAAGCAGACCAGCUGUACAAGCAGAAGAUCAUCCGAGGCUUCUGUCACCUCUAUGACGGACAGGAGGCAUGUGCUGUGGGCAUUGAAGCCGGCAUUAACCCCAGUGACCACCUGAUCACAGCAUAUCGCGCUCAUGGGUACACCUACACGCGAGGUGUGUCUGUGAAAGAGAUUCUGGCUGAGCUCACAGGCAGAAGGGGUGGAGUAGCCAAAGGCAAGGGAGGAUCUAUGCACAUGUAUGCAAAACACUUCUACGGUGGAAAUGGAAUCGUGGGAGCCCAGGUUCCCCUUGGGGCUGGAUUGGCUCUUGCAUGCCAGUACAAGGGCAAUAAUGAAGUAUGCGUCACACUCUAUGGGGAUGGAGCUGCUAACCAGGGGCAGAUAUUUGAGUCUUUCAAUAUGGCGGCACUGUGGAAGCUCCCCUGCAUCUUCAUCUGUGAAAACAAUAAAUAUGGAAUGGGUACCUCGGUGGAGCGAGCAUCGGCCAGCACAGACUACUUCAAGAGAGGAGACUUCAUACCUGGACUGAAGGUGGAUGGGAUGGAUGUGCUUACUGUGAGAGAAGCUACCAAGUUUGCAGCUGAUUAUUGCAGAUCAGGAAAGGGUCCUAUUCUUAUGGAACUCGAGACCUAUCGUUACCAUGGACACAGCAUGAGCGAUCCCGGGGUCAGCUAUCGAACUCGUGAGGAGAUCCAGGAAGUGCGCAGUAAGAGUGACCCGAUCUCGAUGCUGAAGGAUCGAAUGAUCAGCAAUAAUAUGGCUAGUUUGGAGGAAAUAAAGGAAAUUGACGUGGAGAUCCGUAAGGAGAUUGAGGAGGCAGCUCAGUUCGCCACGUCUGACCCAGAGCCCCCGCUGGAAGAGCUGUGCAACCACAUCUUCUACAAUGAACCACCCAUGGAGGUGCGUGGCACCAACCCCUGGUCCAAGCUCAAGUCCAUCAGCUAAAAAUUGCCAGCUGCCCUCACCCCGACAUGAGCAGGACGUUCUUGCUACAGAGCACCUUAGAGCCAGCAGCACAGUCUUACCCCCCUCAGCACUGACGUCCAAAAUCCUUUGUUUAUGUUACCUAACUGCAAACGCACAAAUCCCAGGGAUGGAUUUUGUAACAUCCAGAGGGCCAAGUAUUAUAUAUUCCUGAAAGCGCUCACAUGUUAUUCAUUUUCUUUGUGGUUAAUGUGUGUCAUGAUUAAUAGAAAUGUGAGAAUGUUUUAAUAUUAUAAAUAUUGAUGUUUGCCUCUUCAUGAUUGAUUGUCUUUUAGUUGUCCAACAUCUAGGAAAGAAGUGGAGACUGUUUUAUCAUGGCUACCCCAUGUUUACAAGUUUUUUUUUUAUUAUUAUAUUUGGCAAAAUGACAGCACACAUUUAUACCAGGGUAUCAGCAAGUACCUAAGGUAUAUUUUUCAAAUCGCUCAUGAAAUUUGUGCUUAUGUUUUUCUUUGUUCUUACCAAAUAUUACCGAAUGCACAUAGCAACAUGUAAGUCUGACUUAAUAAACUUGGAUAACUUGAGCCACUA